AUGGAAAAAUCCAUUACCAUUGAGGAAUUUUUGACCAGAUCAGAAUUGAGCCAGCAUGAUGAAGGGGAUUGUUUGCCAUCAGAAUUUAAGUCUCAGUUGCCAGAGCAUGUUAAAUUAGAUGACAGACCACUUGGUACAGGACAACUGCUAGACUGCUGGGAAAAGUUAUCCUCUCAUGAUCAAAUCACUUUUCAGAAACAAUAUGGGGAUCUAUCACAUUUAUUGAAAAUUAGGGUCCAACAUGCUUGUUUUCAGGCCAUGAUAGGGUUUUGGGAUCCAGAAUAUCGGUGCUUCACAUUUGAUACUGUGGAUAUGACUCCUACUAUCGAGGAGUAUGAAUCCCUGCUAAAUUGUCCCAAGUCAGAAAAGGUGUACUUUUACACACCUAUAGAGCAUGCACUUUCUAACUUUGCUUGGAUUACCCAGAUAGACUGUCAACUAGCAAAAUCACAUGCAACUAAACGAGGAAAUAGCCAGGGUUGGUUUUGGAAUGAGCUAGAAGCCAUAUUCAAGAAGAGAUUACAUGAUGAAAGCAAUGAAAUUCGAUUGAGAAUUUUGGCCUUAGGCAUAUAUGGUUUGGUUCUUUUCCCAUCUGCCGAAGGAAUGAUUGAUUUUGAAGCUGUUAAUGUAUUCAAAAAUGUGGUGACCCUUAAAAUUAACCCUGCUACAGCAAUAUUGGCAGAAACUUUCUCAUCCUUGAAUUAUUGCAGAAAAGCUGGAAGGGGUCGUUUAAGAUGUUGCUUGCAGUUAUUGUUUGUCUGGACUGUGAGUCAUAUGAUUGAGGGGAAGAUUUCAGGUCUGGUUGGUACCCCGUGGCAUCUUUAUUCUCAGCUGGAGAAUUUUGCUGAAAAACACUUGCAUGAAGUAGGAAGAACCACAUGGGAAUCAAUGUUCCUAAGUCUAAGUAAAUCUCAAUUUCAUUGGAGAAGUCGAUACGCUUAUUUCAAAUCUUAUCUGGCGUAUUGUGGUGAGUACCCAUGGGUCCCGUUGAUAGGAGCCCGCUGCUGUAUUAGUUACUGUCCCAACCUGGUUUUACGACAGUUUGGAUUUGAGCAGUUUAUUCCAAGGACUACUAAAUUGGCAACAUUUUAUGAAGAUUUCAAGACCUCGAAGAAAUUAUUGGAGUCAGUGAAGAAGGCAUGGAAACAUCCUGGUAGGGUUACUUCUGCCAAGAGAGUAGAAGGAAAAACAACUGAAGGAUAUCCAAUAUGGCAAAAGAAGAGAGGGAAAGGGUACAAAGUUCCUCCUUUUGAAGGGCCACCCAGGUCUUUGAUUCAGUCUGCUGAAGACACACACGAAGAAGUUCGCGCCCAACAAGAAUCCUAUAACCUAAGUUUGAAUGCUGAAGUGGAAGAGUUAUGGGCUAAAAAAAGAAAGUUAGAAUCUAAUCUAGUCACUCGAGAAAAAGCUUUGGCUAUCAUAAAACAAGAAAAGGAUGACUUGUCAGCUCAGCUACAACAUCAACAACUUGAGUUCCAGCAAUUACAAGAAAAAUAUGUACUUUUGUCAGAAGAUAAGAGGAAGCAAGAUGUCAACAUGAAGAGAUGGGUUAGAAGAGCAUCAAAAGCUGAGAAAAUGGUGUUAAAAUUGGAAGAGAAAAAUGAAUCACUUCAAGAACAGUGUCAAAAUCAUGAUACAAUCAUUGCCAAUUUAGAUGAGCAUGUGGACCAUUUGCUUUCUAUUGAGCAAACCUUAUCAUCAGAAAAAGAAAAGGCAGAAAAAGAAGCAGAAUGUUGGGCUUCUGAAGCUAUGCGCUAUCAUAUACAAGCAGAUGAUGCCAAGAAUUAUGCUUUAGGAUUACGAGGCCUAGCCCAACAAAUAGCAGAUGGUCCCCCAAAAGACCAUAAAAUUCAUUACACUCGACAACGAAGGAAGAUAAUGGAGAACGAAGAAAGAGCACAUCUAGAGGCUCAUUAUCAAAGGGAGUUGGAGAGCAUGAAAAGCGAUAUCACACGACUUACAAGUCUACUCGAGCAGGCCCUAGUAUCCAAGUUUGGGGAGGAUACAUCUACUCAGCCGGCAGUUGCAACUCCAUCUGUAUCUAUGCCAGCAGCUCCUUUUGUAUUCACGUCUCAAAAUUUAGGGGCAAAUCCCUCUUCAUCUGAACAACAGUUCACUGCCAAUGUUCCACCAGCACAAGUGCCGGUUACUGUAAACUUGACAGCUGAUGACUCACAUAUGAUGAAAUUCUCUAAACAAGUUGAUUAUGAGAAGUUGACCGCUCUAGAAGACAGAUUGAGGGCAGUCGAAGGGGCAGACUUAUAUGAUCCUGUUCAUGCUGCAGAGAUGUGUUUAGUUCCAAAUGUAGUUGUACCCAAAGAAUUUAGGGUACCAGAAUUCAUCAAGUAUACUGGAACUGAAUGCCCAGUCACACAUCUUAAAUCUUAUUGCAAUAAGAUGGCAGAAGUAGUGAAUGAUGAGAAACUUUUUAUCCAUUUCUUUCAAGAUAGUCUUUCUGGAUCGGCACUAAGCUGGUAUACAAGGCUAGACAAUACAAAAAUCAGAAAGUGGAAAGAUUUGGUAAAAGCUUUUGUGGAGCAGUAUAAAUUCAACAUGGAGGUAGCCCCUGACAGGUCAAGCUUGCUAGUCAUGGAGAAGGGCAACAAAAAGACUGUAAGAGAAUACGCUUUGAGAUGGCGUGAAAAAGCAUCUCAUGUGCAACCCUCUUUGUUAGAAAAAGAAAUGGUCACUCUGUUUUCCAACACUUUUAAAUCUCCUUACUUUGAACACCUAGUGGGUAGUUCAGCUCAACAUUUCUAUGAUGUCGUAACUAUCGCUGAGAGGAUAGAACAAGCAAUAAGAAUGGGGAGAAUGUUAGAGCCUAAUGAGAAGAAAGGCUUCAUUGGGAAAAAGAAGGAUUCUGAGGUGAAUAACGUGGAAGAAGGGUAUAAGGGUAAGAAGAAAAAUUACCAUCAUUAUAACUUCCAAAUACCUACCCAACAAGUUGCAAGUGUAAACUUCACUAAGCCUUUCCCUACCAACCAACAAAACCAACCAAAUGACCAACAAAGUAACCAGAUUGUUAAUCCUCCAAGAAGGAACUUUCAAAGAACCCAAGAACGAUUGCCACCAUUACCACUUCCCUUGGGAGAAAUGUAUUCAAAGUUGUUGAGUAUUGGGCAAGUGGCCCCUGUUCCCUUAACCCCACUGCAACCUCCAUACCCAAAUUGGUAUAAGCCGGAUCUGACAUGUGAGUAUCAUGCUGGCAUUGCUGGGCAUAACAUUGAAAGCUGUAAUGCAUUUAAAAACAAGCUUUUGCAAUUGAUAAAAGCUGGAUGGAUAACUUUUGAUGAUGCACCGAAUGUGAAUUCCAACCCUUUACCCAAUCAUGCUGCAAGUAGUGGAGGGGUAAAUGCUGUAGGAGUAGAGGGUAAGAAGGAAAGAGUUUUGAAGGUUUCCAUGGAAAGACUGUACGGUAUGAUGGUACAGUCUGGAUAUUUACCUGAGGGUGAACCAGUGAUGAAUGGAAAUAAUUACUGUAAGUUUCAUGGCGAGGUGGGACAUCACAUUGAUGAUUGUCAAGAAUUUCACCAGGAAGUGAAAAGGAUGCUGACUUUCGGCAUGAUAAGGAUAGAGAGUGAAGAAGAAAGCAGUGAAGUUGGGAUGAUAGGCCGUCAGGAAAAAAAAGUGGAGGUUUGUAGACUCCAACCAACUGUGGGUGGUCCACCAAAACUAAUCUUGACCAAACCUGUGUGCACAAAUAGUGGAAGUUAUGGCACAAUGCCUUACAAUUAUGGAUAUUCUUUCAACAUUAAGAAUCCUGCUCCUAUCUUCCAUACUGAAAUCGGUGGUUUAACUCGAAGUGGUCGGUGUUUUACACCAGAAGAAUUGGAGAGACAGAGGAAAGCUAAAGGAAAAGACAUAGUUGACGCUUUUAAAGGUAUGGAAGUGAACAAACCUAUAAGUGAAGAUAAGUCUAAUGAAUUUCUGAAGCUGAUGAAGCAUAGUGAGUAUAGUGUGGUAGAUCAGUUGAAGAAAACUCCUGCUAGAAUCUCUUUAAUGUCACUUAUCUUGAGUUCUGAAUUACACCGUAAAGCAUUGCAAAAGGUGUUGAAUGAAGCAUAUGUGCCCCAAGAUAUUACUCAGGAUACAAUGGAACAUUUGGUGGGAAGAAUUCAAGCCUCUAAUUACUUAUACUUCACUGAAGAUGAGCUAGACCCGGAAGGGACUGGGCAUAACAAGCCUUUGUACAUCACCGUGAAAUGUAAAGACUGUCUGAUCGGCAAAGUGCUUGUGGAUAAUGGUUCAGCUUUGAAUGUGCUACCAAGGCAUAUGCUAGAUGAGAUGCCAAUUGAUGCUACUUAUAUGAGACCAAGCACUAUGACAGCUAGAGCAUAUGAUGGUUCCCCUAGACAGGUAAUAGGGACCAUUGACAUUGAAUUGUUUGUAGGGCCUCAGAUGUUUUUGGUAACCCUACAAGUAAUGGAUAUACAUCCUUCAUAUAGCAUGUUAUUGGGAAGACCAUGGAUACACGCCUCUGGGGCUGUGACAUCAUCUCUACACCAAUGUCUGAAGUACAUCAUCAAUGGUACUUUAGUGAAAGUUAAGGCAAAAGAAACCUUGUCCAUGAUAAGGAAUGUGUCAGUCCCUUAUAUUGAAGCAGAAGAUUACAAAGAUGGAAAUCUCCAUGCCUUCGAGAUUGUAAACACUGAAUGGGUACCAGAGAAUACGGUGCUGAGAAGACCAAUUAUUUCUGAUACUGCCAGAAUGAUAGCUAAGUGCUUUUUGAAACAUGGGCUACCAUUCCAGAAUGCUUCACUUACUAGAAAUCGUAAGAGAGUCAACAUGAUGAAAGUUAAUGCUGCUGAUCAGAGGUUUGGGCUUGGUUUUAAACCUAAGAAAGAUGAUUACAAGAGAACUGCUAGGAUUAAGCGAGAAAGAAGGUUGGCCAGAAUGGAAGGAAGAAAGCCAGAAGAAGAAGACAUUGUAAUCCCACCCAUCCAUGUUUCUUUCCCAAAGUCAACAUAUGUAAUGAAACCUGAAAACAUGAUAGAAAUCUUGGGACAGAAACUUGUUGUCAUGGAUAUCAACAAUGUAGAGGAAGGUGAAGGAAAAGGCUGGAAUUAUAAUGAUGAGCCGAAAACAACAGAAGAAGAUGAGUUGUUACCUCAGUUAACUGUCCACUCUCUAGAAGAGGCUCCAACCAACACCUUUGUGCGAAAGCUUUCAGUUGAUGAAGUAUUCCAGAAUUGGGAGAUUGAAGAAGCCCCAGUUGUUUUCAAGAAGAAUCCUGAAAGUGAAUCCUCCAUAAAUCCACAAACAUAUUGCAUUGAAAAUGAAUGGCCAAACUUUGAUAAGGAUGUGAUUGCAAUGGAUGAAGAGGAAUGGAAUGAAGAUGAUAUGAAAGAGUUUACUAGACGGGUAGAACAUUCUGAGCAUGCUUGGAAACCUGCAAAGGAAGAAUUAGAGGUGAUAAAUGUAGGCACAGAGCAAGAUAAAAGAGAGCUAAAGAUUGGAACUCUGAUUACCACAGAAGAAAGAUGUAGUUUAACAGCACUACUACAAGAGUAUAUGGAUGUGUUUGCCUGGUCUUAUGCAGAUAUGCCUGGUUUAAACAUUGAUAUUGUAGUACACAGAGUGCCUCUGGUAGAAGGAUGUAAACCUGUUAAGCAGAAAUUGAGAAGAACUCGCCCGGAUAUUCUACUCAAGGUCAAAGCAGAGAUAGAGAAGCAGUGGGAUGCCGGUUUUCUAGAAGUUAUUAAAUACCCUCAAUGGGUAUCUAACAUAGUGGUAGUCCCAAAAAAGGAUGACAAAAUCAGAGUAUGUGUAGACUUCAGGGAUCUAAACAAAGCUAGUCCCAAGGAUGAUUUUCCUUUGCCUCACAUAGACGUUCUGGUGGACAAUGCUGCUAAGAGUUCAACUUAUUCCUUCAUGGACGGAUUCUCCGGGUAUAACCAGAUUAAAAUGGCUGAAGAAGAUAAAGAGAAGACCACUUUUAUCACACCAUGGGGAACAUUUUGCUAUAAAGUGAUGCCAUUCGGGUUAAAGAAUGCUGGAGCCACAUAUCAAAGGGCAAUGGUGACACUUUUCCAUGAUAUGAUGCAUAAAGAGAUUGAAGUGUAUGUGGAUGAUAUGAUUGCGAAGUCUAAGAAUGAAGAAGAUCAUGUUCAGGUUCUAAGAAAAUUAUUUGAUAGACUAAGGAAGUAUCAGUUGAAGCUGAAUCCUGCAAAAUGCUCAUUUGGGGUAAAGUCCGGAAAGUUGCUGGGAUUUGUGAUAAGCAAUAAAGGAAUAGAGGUCGAUCCUGAUAAAGUGAAAGCAAUUCAGGCUAUGACAGUUCCUAAAACUGAGAAAGAAGUAAGAGGCUUUUUAGGACGUUUGAACUACAUCGCCCGAUUCAUAUCUCAGUUAACAAUAACAUGUGAGCCAAUCUUUCGAUUACUUCGAAAAAAGAAUCCUGGUACAUGGGACAAAGACUGUCAAGAGGCUUUUGACAAAAUAAAGCAAUACUUACAGAAUCCACCUUUGUUAGUGCCACCCGUGCCUGGAAGACCUUUGAUCUUGUAUUUGACAGUAACCGAGGCAGCAAUGGGUUGUGUGUUGGGACAACAUGAUGAGUCUGGAAGAAAGGAGCAAGCCAUCUAUUAUCUGAGUAAGAAGUUUACCGAUUGUGAAUCCAGAUACACCAUGACUGAGAAGCUAUGUUGUGCCCUUGUGUGGAGUACGAAGCGUCUUCGACAAUAUAUGUUGUAUUAUACCACCUGGUUGAUCUCAAAAAUGGAUCCGCUUAAAUACAUCUUUGAGAAACCUUACUUGUCAAGCUGAAUAGCAAGGUAGCAAGUAAUGUUGGCAGAGUAUGACAUUGUAUACAAGACAAGAACAUCUGUAAAGGGAAGUGUAAUUGCUGAUCAUUUAGCAGAUAAUGCUAUCAAAGAUUAUGAGCCUUUGAAGUUUGACUUCCCGGAUGAGGAUGUGUUGAUAGUCGAAGAAGACAAAGUGAAGAAUGAUUGGUGGAUCAUGUAUUUUGAUGGGGCAGUGAAUGUAUCUGGCAAUGGAGCAGGGGCUGUGAUAAUCUCACCUGAUAAGAAGCAAUAUCCCGUCUCAAUCAAGCUACAAUUUGAAUGUACUAACAAUACUGCUGAAUAUGAGGCUUGUAUCCUUGGCUUAGAAGCUGCUUUAGAGAUGAAGAUAAAGAAGCUUGAUGUCUAUGGGGAUUCAAUGUUAAUAAUCUGUCAAGUGAAAGGCGAAUGGCAGACCAAAGAAGAAAAAUUGAUACCCUAUCAACAAUAUCUCUCAAAACUGACUGAGGGCUUUGAUGAGAUAGAUUUUACCCAUAUGGGAAGAGAUAAAAACCAGUUUGCUGAUGCUUUGGCAACAUUAGCUUCUAUGGCCAAAACUGAUUACGGCAUCAGAGUACAACCAAUCUGCAUUGAGAUUAGAAAUUUUCCAGCUCAUUGUUGUUCAAUUGAAGGAGAGGUAGAUGGGAACCCAUGGUUUUAUGACAUCAAGCGGUUUAUCCAAUAUCAAGAGUAUCCCUUGGGGGCAUCUAAAGCAGAUAUGAAGACCUUGAGACGUUUAGCCAUGGAAUUUUACCUGGAUGGAGAAAUUCUAUAUAAAAGAUCAUUCAAUGGGACUUUACUAAGAUGUCUAGAUGAAAUUGAAGCUAAGGUAGCAUUGCAAGAAAUUCAUGAAGGAAUUUGUGCAACUCAUGCAAGUGGGCAUAUGAUGACCAGACAACUGCAACGAUCUGGAUACUUCUGGAUGGCCAUGGAGAAAGAUUGCAUUGAUUAUGUCAGAAAAUGUCAUAAGUGUCAGGUGUAUAGUGAUAAGAUAAAUGCACCUCCAGCUCCUCUGUUCAAUAUGACAUCACCAUGGCCAUUUGCAAUGUGGGGAAUAGAUGUGAUUGGUCCAAUCAACCCAAAGGCCAGCAAUAGGCAUCAAUUUAUCUUAGUAGCCAUUGAUUACUUCACAAAGUGGGUGGAGGCCAGCUCUUAUGCUCAUGUAACUCAAAAGGUGGUCAAGUGUUUCAUUGAGAAAGAUUUGAUUUGUCGGUACGGUUCACCUGAGAAGAUAGUGACCGACAACGCCCAGAAUUUUAAUGGGAAGAUAAUCAAAGAAUUGUGUGUGAAGUGGAAAAUUAAACACUCAAACUCGUCUCCUUACAGACCGAAGAUGAAUGGUGCUGUCGAGGCUGCAAACAAGAAUAUCAAGAAGAUUAUCCAGAAGAUGGUAGUCACUUAUAAGGAUUGGCAUGAGAUGCUUCCCUUUGCCCUACAUGCGUAUCGCACAGCAGUAAGGACAUCUACUGGAGCUACACCUUACUCAUUAGUAUUUGGGAUGGAGGCGGUGAUGCCUUUGGAAGUAGAAAUUCCAUCUUUGAGAGUACUAAUGGAAUCUGAACUAGAAGAAGCUGAAUGGGCUAAAGUGAGAUACGAGCAGCUAAAUAUGAUAAGUGAGAAGAGGUUGGCUGCAAUUUGUCAUCACCAGUUAUACCAAAGAAGGAUGGCCAAAGCAUAUGACCGGAAAGUCCGACCAAGGGAAUUCAAAGAAGGGGAUCUUGUACUAAGAAAAAUCUUACCAUUACCAAGUCAAGAUAGAAACAAGUGGGCACCAAACUAUGAAGGCCCGUAUGUAGUGAAGAAAGCAUUCUCUGGAGGGGCCCUGUUGUUAACUAGAAUGGAUGGAGAUGAUGUAUCUAGGCCUGUGAACUCUGAUUCUGUGAAAAAGUACUAUGUAUGA